ACCCCUUUUCUCCUCGAACAAUUCACACCAGAUCGCCGAACAGUUCUCCGGCAUAGAAUUAUCAUUCUCAGAGAGAGAGAGAGAUGGAGACCGGUGGAAAAGUUAAGAAGGGCGCCGGAGGGAGGGGUAGAGGCACCGGUCCGAAGAAGCCGCCGGUGACCCGCUCCGUCAGGGCCGGUCUGCAGUUCCCGGUCGGCAGGAUUGGCCGGUACUUGAAGAAAGGUCGAUAUGCUCAGCGCGUCGGUACCGGCGCUCCGGUCUACUUGGCCGCCGUCCUUGAAUACCUAGCUGCUGAAGUUCUGGAGUUGGCCGGAAAUGCAGCCCGUGACAACAAGAAGAACAGAAUCAUACCAAGGCACGUUCUGUUGGCAAUAAGGAACGACGAAGAGCUCGGAAAGUUGUUGGCUGGAGUGACAAUCGCACACGGUGGAGUACUGCCCAACAUCAACCCAGUGCUGCUGCCAAAGAAGACCGAUAAGGCGAUGAAGGAGCCCAAAUCUCCGUCCAAGGCCACCAAGUCUCCGAAGAAAGCCUAGAUUUUAGCCUACCCAUUUUCGGUUUUUCGUUACAUCUUUUCCCCUUUGUAUGUAGUAAUUUAGAGAUUAGUGCUUGGUUUGCUGGUUGUGUAGGCUAGUUAAUGGAAUAUCAUUGUAAUGUCUUUUGAGUUUGGCAUUUCAGUGUUUGAUCAAUGGAUGAUGAGACCCCUCUUUCUA